GCGAGGCUUUUCCAUAUGGCUUCAGGAUCGGUCGGCAAGGAACAGAUUUCUCGCCGCGAUUCGCAGUUCGCUCGAGUCCGAGUUCGGCGCAGCGAAGGCGCCCUCAGCCGGCUGCUCGUACGGCUUCAGGCCGCGCCUGGCGGAAGACCAGCCGCUCCCAGUGAUGAAGCGGACGAGACGUCACUGGGUUCGUAGAACUCGUCUCUCCCAGAGAAAAAACAACUCUCCGUUCUCCGCUCUCCGCAGCUUCAAGUCAACUUGCCUGGCCAACUCAGCGAUGACAUCGAUGCACCUUUCUUAAAGGGGGCAGGUACCUGCGUCGUCUCCUCCUUCGUCUUCUUCUGCUUCUUCUUCUCUCUUCAAGUGGAAUGGCUUCUCUGGCGCGUCGGAUUUUCUCGCCCACCAAGGCGUUGGGGGCAGCAGCGAAGAGGAAUCCUCUUCUCCGCUUCGACGGGAGGUCCUCGGCCCGGUCUCGCGCUUCCCCUCCCCUUCCGCUCUCCUCGUCCCUGUCUGAAGCGUCUUCCUCUCCUCGUUCUUCUUCUCGUUCUUCUUCUCGUUCUUCUCCUCUCUUCGCUCUCUCGACUUCUUAUCCCUCGCUUCUCGCUGCGUCUUCGCCUUCCUCUUCCUCUCCUCUCUCUUCUCUCUCUCCUUCCUGUCCCUCUCCUCUUCCUUCUCCCUCUCCUCUUUCUCCUCCCUCUCUCGGAGGCCGGCCAGCUGCAUGGUGUUUAGACCAGAGGCGUGGAGUUGCGCGUCUGAAGAGUCAUCGAUACGGAGGCGUCGUCGCGUUGAAGACGAGGGCGCCGAAGUCCCCGUGGUACAUCGAGGCUGAAAAGGAGUUCCUCAACGAACGCGCCCAGGUUCCCGAUGCGUACAUUGAGCGGUGGCAUGGCGAAGACUUGUCCAAGUUAUCUCCGGCGCUGCGGCGCUGUCUGCACCUGCGGUGUGCUUCGAGCAAGGAACUGCACAGCUGGCGAAAACUUCAGCUUUGUCGUCUUCUUCAGAGGCGUCCUUUCGAUACGGGCAGCCCCGCUGUUCAACUGGCCUGUCUGACGGAGAAGAUCUUGAACGUCCGCGCGCAUUUGCUGAGGCAUUUCCGAGACCAGCAGAAGAAGAAAGUUCUUUCCAUCUGGCUGUCCAGGCGACACCGCGUCAUGAAAUAUCUUUACAGAGUUGAUUUCAACCUCUACAAAUACGUCUGCCAGCAACUCAGAAUCAAAUGCGUUCGCUUUGCCAUUCCGGACUCGAGAGAUCGCCAGCGAGCCAUCAGUCCCAUUGCUGUGGACGGAGAUCGCUGCAAGUUUCUGAUUCGGCAGAAACUCUGGAAGGCUCGCUUUCGUCCUCGACAACUCAAACAGGUAGACGGGAAGGUAGUUCGGUUCACUCGACACCCUAUGGAGCAGCCGUCGAGCGCUUGGAACCUUCCGAAGGAGCACAGACCCUCUCUCAGUCGAGCAUGGCCCUACGGUGUGCGGGAGGAGAGACUCAAGGGGAACUACGUCAUCCAGAAUCCGACAGCUGCAGGCCUCGGCUACUGUCCUGCGCCUCUUUUCUUCUGAGUUCCAGAAUCCGUCUGUCUCUGUGUGGAAAGACGCGUAUCGACAGGGCACAAAGUCUCUCCGAAUUUGGCGCGAAAAAGUGAACGCUCUUCUCUCAGCUAACCAGACGCGCGAGGAGACAGCUCCCUUUCGUUCAAGGCUUCAGCGAGGGUCCCCGAGACAGGUGAAGCUGCGUCUGAAGGCCGUGACGAGGAAAGCGCAGCGACUGCGUGAAAGCCAGUGUUUGUGUUGUGUUUGCUCAACUUGGCAUUUCUCCAGUGGCUUCGCGAUGUUUCAGACACAGCUCUUUCCCUGUUCAACUCUCAACUGAUGAAAACAUCUUUCCUUGGAAAAAACAAAAAAGAGAGGUUGUGCCGACCCUGUCUCCACCCUGGACUUGGGUCGAAGCAAAGCUACACACGACGCGCAGGGCAGUGACGACAGAUUCCUCUCUUCGAGGUUUACUACAAAAGCGAGAAGCGGUCGCGCGGUCGUGUGAAGACGUCAACAACUGUUUGGCGCCUUCCUCCUCUCGCAAACUUAGGAUACCGCGGAUUCACAACCCACGGAGAGAAGAGAAGCAGAGAUCUCCUCAGUUCCUCUGACGAGAAAACUGCACAGGUUUCGUGGCAAGAAAGCUCCUGUUUCUGCUGUGGGGAACACAUGGGAACAACCCCGAACGCUCCAAAAACAGAAUCCGUCUCUGUUUAAAAUACGAAAGAUGAAGGCUUUAGUCAGAAGUGGAGUGAGAGCGUUGCCGCGGGUCUGCCUCCUGGAAACAAAGACUUUCACAACAAUACAAGAAGGGAAAAAUCCUCCGGCAGACCGUUCCCCCGUGACACCAGCUGCGCCGGAUACAAGGAAGGAACGUGGAGAGACAACGACUGGCGACAGAGGGAGACGUUGACACUGCGAGAGAGGAAGAAGAAAGCUCGCUAGACGAGAACGAACAGUAGAGAGGAAACAAGGCGCAGAGAGAACAAAAGGAGAAAGAACGAAGAGAAUUCGACUGCUGUGCCGAAGCUCCUUGUUCGAAGUCUCCUAAAAACAUGAACGGUAAAAAAGAGGAAAGACACAGACGCGGUCGGCGACACAGCGGCCUCAGGAGACUUUUCAGGGAGAAACAGGUCAAGUCAGAGAGAAGACACAAAGGCGCCUCUGCUGUACAGAGGUCCGAGAGAUCGCGCCUGCGUUGCUUGGCAAAUUUGCUGUACACCAGUUCUCUGUUACAAAACGCCUGUGCUUCUUACUUCUUUACUCCCCCUCGUGGUAGUUUCACACGCUCGAUCUGUUCCUCUCCACUUUUUCUCCUUUCUAUCUCAGAAGUCGAAAACCGUGAAACUUUGCGUGAUCUCGUCGAGCUGUUGCUCCAGUUCUUCCAAAAGCGCUUGCUCUCUGUGAGCCACAGAUUCGUCGCUUCCUCGCUCUUCCUCCUCACAUUUCUCGUUGGUCUGCCCUCUCUCACUGGGAGAGAAGGGAGGAGAGACACCUGCCCUGUUGAAGUCUUCAUUCACCUCGACGUCUGGAAACGCCUUCUCUCUCUCUUCCUUUACGCCUUCCACUUCUCUCUGAUCUGCCAGCUGCGAAUCUGCGGGGAAUAUCAGCUCCGCCGCUCUGCCAGUCUCCUGCAGAAGACGGUCGUCGUUCGCUCUCGCACAAGAGAGCAUCAACUCCUUGCCGUCUUCGCAAGGCGCCCCAAGAGUCGACACCGCCAAGUCUGCCUCUCCUCUGACUUCGCUGCCAACACAGGGCGCCUCCUUGGCGCCAUCCUCGACAGAUGUCGGCGCAAAAGACGAAGAGGAAGCAGAAGAAGAGGAAGGAGGGGGAGAGAGGGAGGGGACUGCGGACGGUCGAGGCGCCUCCUCAGGCGGGGGAAGGAACCCCCAUGAGGCAGAACAAGAAGAGGAAGAAAUAGAAGAAGAAGCAGAAGAAGCAGAAGAAGAGGAAGGAGGGGGAGAGAGGGAGGGGACUGCGGACGGUCGAGGCGCCUCCUCAGGCGGGGGAAGGAACCCCCAUGAGGCAGAACAAGAAGAGGAAGAAAUAGAAGAAGUAGAAGAAGAGGAAGCAGAAGAAGAGGAAGGAGGGGGAGAGAGGGAGGGGACUGCGGACAGUCGAUGCGCCUCCUCAGGCGGGGGAAGGAACCCCCAUGAGGCAGAACAAGAAGAGGAAGAAAUAGAAGAAGAAGUGGAAGAAGCAGAAGAAGAGGAAGCAGAAGAAGAGGAAGCGGCAUCAGAGGGAGGAGGGGGAGAGAGGGAGGGGACUGCGGACAGUCGAUGCGCCUCCUCAGGCGGGGGAAGGAACCCCCAUGAGGCAGAACGAGAAGAGGAAGAAAUAGAAGAAGAAGUGGAAGAAGUAGAAGAAGAGGAAGCAGAAGAAGAGGAAGCGGCAUCAGAGGGAGGAGGGGGAGAGAGGGGGGGUAUUGCGGACGGUCGAGGCGCCUCCUCAGGCGGAGGAAGGAACCCCCAUGAGGCAGAACAAGAAGAGGAAGAAAUAGAA